GCUCCUCCCCGACCACCCCCUCGGGUGCUCUCGCGCUAACUGUGCGCCUCUGGGCCCCGUCUGCCCGCUCCCAGCCAUGGUGGCCUGGCACUCGGCGUUCCUCAUCUACCUCGCUUUCUCCUUGGCCACUCUGGUCCAGAGAGGAUCUGGGGACGUUGGUUUCAGUCUGGAGGAUGCAUUGGAAGAAACUUCCUCAGUGAAGCAGAGAUGGGACCAUGUCACCACCACAACCAGGAGACCGGGAGCGACCAGAGCUCCAGCAAAGCCUGCAGGUAGUCAAUUUGACUUGGCUGAUGCUUUGGAUGAUCAAGAUCAUGGCCACAGGAAGCCGAGUGCAGGAGGAGGAGAGAGAUGGGACCAUGUCACCACCACAACCAGGAGACCGGGAGCGACCAGAGCUCCAGCAAAGCCUGCAGGGCCCCCUGGAGAAAAAGAAUUUGACUUGGCCGAUGCCUUGGAUGAUCGAAAUGAUCAAGAUCAUGGCCACAGGAAGCCAAGUGCAGGAGGAGGAGGUUUUUCAGACAAGGAUCUUGAAGACAUAUUAGGAGGUGGUGAAUACAAACCUGACAAGGGUAAAGGUGAUGGCCAGUAUGGCAGCGGGGACGACUCAGGAUCCGGCAUGUCGGCAGAGGCCGGCACCAUUGCCGGCGUGGCCAGUGCUCUGGCCAUGGCCCUGAUCGGCGCUGUCUCCAGCUAUAUCUCCUACCAGCAGAAGAAGUUCUGCUUCAGCAUUCAGCAGGGUCUCAGUGCGGACUACGUGAAGGGGGAGAACCCGGAGGCCGUUGUGUGUGAGGACCCCCAAGUGAAAUACUCAGCGCUGCAGACGCAGUCCGCGGAGCCGCUGCCGCCAGGGCCGCCCCGGAUCUAAGGGGCUGAGGACGUGAGGCCCUGCCCCGCCAGGCAGGCUGUGGGCACACAGGGCCGCUGCUUGGGACCCAGCUCCUUGUUUCGUUGGACCCAUGGCUGCCACGCUGCUCCUUUGAUGUCAUUGGCUUCUUGUCAUUCUCAGUUUUCCGGACGAGCUCUGGGUGUUCGUGAGUUUGCCUCAUGUGCCCGCCCUGCCGCAGGGCCUCCGGAGAGCCUUGCUGCGGAAAUCCUUAGUGAGCUGGGGAGGGGGAGACCGAGCGGAGGGUGGCCAGAGGACACGCGUGCUGAAGGGCAAGAGUCUGAGCCCGGGGCCCUGCCAUCCCCUCCACGCUGCACUGCCUCGCUGGGCGGCUUUCAGCCACAAGGAGCACAUCGGUGAGCGCCGGGUGACACGGCUCACGUGCCAAACCCAGGGGUGUUUUUAUUUCUGUCCUUCUUUCCAGCUCCAGCCCUUACGCCACUGGGCUUCCCAAGAGCUGGCACAAGUGGUGGCUUUUCAUUUAAGUGAAAACAUGUCACAGGAUCCCUGCCUUGAGAGUUCAGGAAUCUUCUGGAUGUGCAGGAGGCUGUGGCUCUCAGGCCUAAUGCCCGUAUGAUGCCGUGGGACUGGACGUGGUCUCCAGGCUGACACGAUUAGUUUGAGUGAUCAUUUAUGCUGUGGCAGUGAGCUUUCUACUGGGGCUGGGGGCGUGUGUGUGCUUAUUUUGGUAGCAAAAGCUACAGAUGUCAAGAAUGAGCAUCAGAGCCUGAAGCAUGCCAGUUGGUUGCCUAAAGAUGUACGUAGUGGGGAGGGGAGGGCAAAGGGACGUUGGCUUGGUGUGGGAGCUCACCUGCCUCUGUGAGUCUCUAGUCAUCCUGCCCAUCCUCUGACGGACAGCGCGUAGGGGCCCACGGGCACCCGGACCGGUGGCCGCCGUCAUGUUUGGCUGGAGCAGAGCUGCCUUCCUGGAACAUUUGUCAGGCCCACGUGUGGUCCUGAUCCUGGGAGCGCUGCUGUCGGGCUGAGCUAGAGUCUAGACCCACCGUCUAUGCAUAAUGAGUUCGCGGUGUCAGAGAGCACUUCUGGAAGCAUCGUGUGACUCAGCAGGAAGGCGGGGGCCUAUUAAUCCAGCUUCAUGUGCUGCAGGACUGCUGUGUCCGCCCCUUCACGUCCGCUAGGUGGGGAUGAGGCAACUCCGACUUCUUAGGGAGACAGUUGACAUCUGAACAGACCCCGCAGCUUAGAUGGCCUUGUGUGUUCGUGUUAUACAGGGCAUGCCGUGGGCCCCCCGAUGCCCACGCCUGCAGGCUCACGCCAGGCACGCUGGAUCGUGUGCGGCCCCUGAGCUCCGGGAAGUGAGCAGCCGAGGGGUCGCUGGUGAGGUCUGCCUGUCUCCAGGACCUCCCUGCCCUGCCCUCGUGGGACAGGCUGCUGUCAGCUUUGCCAGGCUCGUCCCUUCCAGGCUGGCCAGGGCUGAUGUCCCCACCCCCCUGCUGCUGGGCUGGAGGCGGCUCUGACGGACUUUAGGUGACAGCAAGCUAUGAAUGCAAAACAGGGUGACCUCAGGGCCCAGGGAGGGCCCGUGUCCUGAGUAACAGGAGUUGGGGAGGAUCAGGGCGGUGCUCGGAAGCCCAUCGCGUUAGGAGGGCUGCUCACCCAUGUUCCCGAGCGUUUUAAAGAAGGAGACGAGGCAGCACUUGUGUGUGACAAGAUGCUUCUCUCCCAGCCACCGGGAAGUUCGGACAUUUAUACAGAAGUCACAGGCACGGCAGUGACUAGGAAGUGACAUGACCCAUGUGAUUCUGGGCAUGGCCAGGCACGGCGCCCCCGGUGGGCCACCUUAGCUCUGUGGCGAGGCUCAUCUGAUGGUGAAGACCCUGAAAUCCUAUCUGUGACGUGAAGUCCGUGCCCUCUGCAAAUGCAUUUUCGCAGUAGCACUGACUUUGGUUAAGAGAGACCCAUCACGCUCUUCUUGUCUCUCUCAGUGCCCUCUGUGGCAAGCCCAGAGCCUAGCACCCAUCCCCGAGCCAGUGGCCGGAGAGGCCUUGAAAGUCACUCACCCACCCGUUUGCAGGGCUCACAUCCUGUGGACGGGGUGUGGGGGACCGACGCUGGCUGAUGCCCGGGGGCUCUUGUAGCUGUCUCUACCUGGAGGCUGCAUCCACCAGCUUGGGCCCAUCCCAGGUGGUAGUGGAGACAGUGAGUGAGCUAGAAAGGCCAGCUGACAGUAUCUGAUCACUGUCACCUUAACUGGGGGCACGGAGAGGGGGCUCAGUGUUUACAGUAGCAACUCCGAACCCCUGGGGGAAGGAGGCAGGGCAGCCUAGCCGUCUUGGGCACCCUCCCCCCGUGGCACCCAGAGAGCAGCACCAGGCCCACCGCCUCGGCUGCUUGGGGUGGGGGUCAGUACCAGUUCUCCGAGGAAGAAGAAGAGGUGGGCACUGACCUCAGGAUUCCUGUUACUUCCUCUGUGCUCGUGUUAAUUGUGAAUUGUAAGCUCUCUCGUGUUCGCAUUAAACAAAACGGAACCUAACAGAUCCCUGCCUGUAUUCUGAUAGUGUCAAGGCACCCCCUUUGUUAAGCAAUGCUGUUUUUUCCUAAUUAAUUAUAUGGAGGUGACCUCCUUCCCCUCCCCGCCAGCCAAGGGCCUUUCUCAAGAGGGUUAGGGCUCUUGCACUUACCCUCUUGCUGUGCGGCUUCAUGUCGGGCUUCCUGGGGGCGGUCCCCUGUGUGGCACAGGGAGCUAAGGUCGUGCCCCAUGUCACGGGGGUGGGGAGGGGCAGAGGCAGGCCCCCAACUCGCGACUCCUAAGCCCAAUGCUCUGCCUUCUUCAGAGAAAGCCAGUAGCCAGGGUCGACUCAGGUGACGUGUGGCUGUUUGAGCCCGAGAAAGCGGAGCGGGGCCGGGGCCACGCAUGCAGCGUGCUCUGCUGCGGACAAGGCGUGCGCUUGUCACACGGUGCGCCUUGCAAACUGAGAAGGGAACGUGAGGAAGAUGUGGGGGCCGCUGGCAGGGCUUCACACUGCGGUGGGUGGCGCCUUCUUGCCAUAGCAGCCUUGUAGUAAAGUAGAACUGAGUCCUCAAACCCAGCCCCCACGUGACUCUGCCGUGCAGAAGUUGUGGCCCUCCUGGCCUUGCCGCUCAGGCGUCGCUGCCGGGGCCCACGACUGCAGUGACUGCUGCGUGGAGAAGGAAAGGGACACCAGGCCUUAGAAGAAGGGUGGUCCCCAGAGGCUGCCAUGGUUUCGUCCAGGCCUCUUAUAGCCCCGUAAAGGCCAGCAUUCCCUCCGGAGACUCUGGGGCGGGGGGAGGGGGACCCCAGGGCUUCUCAGAAGUCUGUCACACUUAAGAUCUAGGACUCAUGGGCUGGAAAGCUGGCCCUGCUUUCUCGGGGCCACACGUGCCUCUCAGGGGGUCCAGUCCUUUCCUCACAUCUUCAGCAUUUUCUCAAGGUUAAGGUGCAGGGGCGUUUCAGAUUUUAAAAUCAGAAUAGUUAUCCAUUUCAGCCAAAACACUCAACUCUUAUGAUAAUUGCACUUACAACUUAGUAAAUGAAUUAAAUUAUGUAAGGGUACCUUACAUGUACUAACUGUGCUUGGCAUGUAAUAAAAUGACGUGUAUUGAA